AUGAACUCAUCAGCCAAGGCCACAAAUAUCUCGCUUCCGACUCCUACUACAACAUCCUCUCUUCCUCUCACAUCAGUUCCUGCAAUUCGAGCUCCACCAAUUACCGCAACUGUCCGUCCCACUCCCCCAAUUUCCAUUCCAACAGCUAUUACCACAAAUAAGAAGAAAGCGUCACCAUUUUCAGACGAUAAUUCUAUUUGGACAAUACCUCCAGUCCCCUCAAGCACUACCAGCAUUGAUGGCGACCACGACAAAAGCACCAACAGCCAAGAUCCACCCUUGCCAAAAUCUCCUCCAAUAGAAGAUAAUAGUGGAGGUUCUCCUCAACCCUCUCAAACUCCACCACCACCUCCUCCAAAUAUUGGGGGCGGGCCCUGGUCUCCACUCUUUCGACCCGUUCCCUCUUCUCCCAGCUCUGCUUUCCACACCCCUCCGCCCAUCGUGAAGCCCGUCGUUCGGCCCCCACCUUUUCCCAGUCCACAGCUUCCCUGUGUUCUUCCUCCACCUCCGUUAGCUUAUCUCACUGAUAUCUCAACUCCUAGCGCUUCAACUCAAUCCACAACCGUCUCAAAUGUGGAUUGUAGCACAGCGAAGGAUGUAUUUCCAAGUUCACCACCACCGAUUGCGCCAUCGUCAGUUGCAACCACAAUGACCCAUCAGCCGCAGCAGCAGUCACAACCAGUGGGUGUUUCACCGAGCGGAAUUAGUCGGUUGAGUAGCGGAAGUGGGGGUAGUGGGAGUGUGCGGGAAGCGGUGCUUUGUAAUUCUUGUGGACAACUUCACGACCCUCAUGCGGCACAUGUUUAUGACUAUAGUGAAAUAGUGGAUGCGGAUUUAUUAUGCAGAGUAAGCACUUGUUGUUCGUAA